GAGGACAGGCCUCAUCAAACAUGCCGAAUACAUGGAGUUUCUAAACAGUGUUCCAACAUUCCAAGGCCUUUCAGAAGAAAUACUAAGCAAGCUUGCUGACGUGAUGGAAGAGACGCACUACGGGGACGGGGAGUACAUCAUCAGACAGGGAGCCAGAGGGGACACCUUCUUCAUCAUCAGCAAGGGAAAGGUGAACGUCACCAGGGAGGAUUCUUCCAAUGACAUGCCUGUGUACCUGCGAGGCCUGGGCAAAGGAGACUGGUUUGGGGAGAAAGCCCUGCAGGGUGAGGACAUCAGGACGGCUAAUGUGAUCGCUGCUGAAGCUGUCACCUGCCUGGUCAUUGACAGAGAUUCAUUUAAGCACUUGAUUGGGGGCCUCGAGGAUGUCUCAAACAAAGGCUAUGAGGAUGCAGGGGCCAAAGCCAAAUACGAAGCGGAGAACGCCUUCUUCUGUAACCUGAAGCUGGUGGACUUCAACAUCAUUGACACGUUGGGGGUCGGAGGUUUCGGACGAGUGGAGCUGGUAGGAUGUUUAAAUAAAGUGCAGCUCAAAAGUGACGAGAUCAAAACGUUUGCGAUGAAGAUCCUGAAGAAGAGGCACAUCGUGGACACGCGGCAACAGGAGCACAUCCGCUCCGAGAAGCAGAUCAUGCAGGAGGCCCACUCGGACUUCAUUGUCAGGCUAUAUAGGACAUUCAAAGAUGCCAAGUAUCUCUACAUGUUGAUGGAGGCGUGCCUUGGGGGAGAGCUCUGGACCAUACUUAGGGACAGAGGUUCAUUUGAAGACUCGACCACACGGUUCUACACGGCCUGCGUGGUGGAGGCCUUCGCUUACCUGCAUUCCAAAGGGAUCAUCUACCGAGAUCUCAAACCCGAGAACCUCAUCCUGGAUCACAGAGGCUAUGCCAAGCUGGUGGACUUUGGCUUUGCCAAGAAGAUUGGGUUUGGGAAGAAGACAUGGACUUUCUGCGGGACCCCGGAGUACGUGGCACCCGAGAUCAUCCUGAACAAGGGGCAUGACAUCUCCGCUGACUACUGGUCGUUGGGGAUCCUCAUGUACGAACUCCUGACUGGAAGCCCGCCAUUUUCAGGGCCAGAUCCAAUGAAGACAUAUAAUAUUAUCCUGAGAGGAAUCGACAUGAUUGAAUUUCCAAAGAAGAUCACCAAAAAUGCUGCCAAUUUGAUAAAGAAACUAUGCAGGGACAAUCCUUCGGAAAGACUUGGAAACUUGAAAAAUGGAGUCAAAGAUAUCCAAAAGCACAAAUGGUUUGAAGGCUUUAACUGGGAGGGGUUGAGGAAAGGAACCCUGACUCCUCCAAUCAUCCCUGAUGUCUCGUCGUCAACUGACACAAGCAACUUUGACAGUUUCCCAGAGGACAACGAUGACCCUCCUCCAGAUGACAUGUCUGGCUGGGACACAGAUUUUUAAAUCCAUGUGUAGUAGCCUCUCUGGCCACUCCCCCUUUCCUGGGGAAGCCCUUCAAGGGUUUGGCUGCAGAGCACAGAUAGACAGACAGACAGUUGAUGAUGCUGUGAACCGACAGUGACAGUGAAGGGGGCAGUCCUACCGCUCUGGGUCACCGAGAUGCCUUCACCGAUGUUGCUCCACUCUCCUCUGAGGUGACAUUGGGACUAAUGGUCUAGCUGACAGAAGUCCCCUUCAGUCUCCCAACAUCACCAUCAACCAUGGAUCGCCUCAUGGAGAGUUUUUUUUGUUGUCACAUAUUUGUAUAUUUAGGUUUAUGUUGUGGCUGUUAGCACUUACCAGUGUUUUCAGUGAUUACUUGUGAUACUGAGUCGAGUGAGACUGAGAGGGAGAUUGCAGCUGUCUGUUGUAGCUUCUUCAGGACCACGAUUCCAACAGGGGAGUUGACACUCUUCUAAACGCUUGUCAUCAACAAUCUAAAUGUUAUUUUUUACAAGUUCCUUUGUAACAUAUUACACUUACGAUGACAGCACAUAAAGAUUAUAUAUUGUAUAUAAUGCGUACUGUAUUCCAUUCGAAAACGCACACAAGCAUAUACACAAUUGAACACGUGUAAUUACACCGUUUAUAGCAAAGUUGUUGGAUUGAUAAAACUAUUUUGCCAAAUUGAGUUGCAAGGACAUAUUUGACUUUCAGUGUAUUACCAUUUAGUUAUUUAUUAAGUAAAGGGAUGAUCGAGCCAUCGAGUGGAGCAACAGCCAAGACCAUUGUUUGCCACUAGAGGGCAAUUUACUACUGAUACAAAAACAGGCUUAUACCAGAGGGACACAGGAGGUGAUGUCAAACACUGGGAAUUUUGGGCGAUAGCAAGUGGACUUUGAUACAUGGCAAAAUACAGUCAGUCUGUCAUAUAGAGAUUAUUCUACAAUUCACACGAUUCAUUUCCCAUCAACAUGGACCUUUACAAUAUGAUCAUUUCUAAAUGACUGACAAGAUGACUGCCCUUCUACAUAAUUUCAAAUGUUUAUACUGACUUUCAAAACACUAUGAAUAUUAUUUAUUGUAGGACCAGAAGAAAAUAUUUCUGUACAUAAAUAUGUAGUGCUGAUAUUUUUGUGAUAUGUAUAUGAGUAGGAUAUACUUAUGAAAAUCAUUAUUUAAUUUGAAUAUUUGUGUUUGAAUGUUUUGUCAAGUGAAAUAUCGUGACAUAUUUCCUCAAACUUGAAUUAUCUUUUCAUGUUAUCGCCAUCAUCCACUGAAUGACUGUGAAGUCGCUCACCCCAGUACUGAGCAUCAUUACAUGGCUUUUUGGCAUUAUUGAAAGUGCCUUAACUCGAUGGCAUCCAAAAUAUAUCUUCAAUAUUUGUUUUAAUGCUGCAUGACAAGGUCAGACAACUUAAACUGUCGUCGUUAUUUGGCUCGUUGCUUUUUUAUAGUCCAGCUAUUUGUAUGCCUUUUUUUCUUACAAUAAAAUGUUACUUUCAAUCAA